AUGAACUCUUUGAUGUUGCAAAAGGCGCUGAGAGUCUGCAGCGUGCGGCGGCUGCUUUUCAUGAUUGCAAUUGCCCAUUCGUCACGGCGCUUCUGCAGCAGUGGAUCACAUGGCGGCCACAAUUCUCUCAAAGGAGCUGAGGGAACUCCAAUAGCGUCCAAUGCACCCCUGCAAGAUUUGUUGGAUAUGGACGAGUCGAUGACUAUUAAUGUUUGUCGUUUGAGCAAAGAGCAAGACUCAGCCCUUCAUGUGGCAACUCGAACGUACCUUCACACACUCAUUACUACAACAGAUGAGCAGGAGUGGAAGGAUAUGCUUGUUGCAGCCAUCCGACUGGAUACGUGGAGAGAACAUCACCUUCGCUCGGUGCUAAGAAGUGUUCACCAGUCUCAGUACGACGUUGACACGGUAGAAGGAAGACAUGGGAAAAUAAAAUCAAACUGCACCCCUUCAACACGUUUACAGCGUGCUCUAGGUGUUGUCCAAACUGCAGUGGAAGAAGGUUACCGUGUGACUCCAGAGUCAGUACACGCGUUGCUUGUUAUUCUGUUACGGGCAGCGGGUGCAGACAUCACAGCCUCUUCGGGAGCCGCGGGGGAGCCUACACCGCAAUCACAAUUAACCAACUCUGCUGCUGUCUGGCAAUUUCUAUCGUGGAUGGAGAGAAACGACUAUCACGUCAUGUCUGAUGCUGUACUCCAGUCACUAGAAAAGAUUAUAGAGGAAAAUGUAGGGGACAGAUCGGCAGGUGAGCACCACAUGAGUGUUUCCCAAAACCGUUUAGAUUAUCUACGGAGGGAGCACCGUUUGCUUCGCCAAGACUGCCCCUCGUCGUUGAGUGAAAGGAGGGGUGCGCGUGGAGUGCCGGUGAGGAGAGAAACCGACACCGGUUGUGAGUGA